UAAAGAGGUUUCUUUUUAUUAAAAUACAUUAAUUAUAUUUUGACGUGUGUCAUGUACAUUUACAUCGAUUCAAGUGAAACUUCGCAUUGAAUGAAACUUGAUUCCAAGAAUUGUAAAUUGAAACAGAAAUUUCCACGUUAUAUAACGAGAACAGGUAGGGCGGUUAAAUGUGUUUCCUCGGUGGCUGCAGGCGAAACGAGGGAUUCUAAAAUUAAAAGGAUAUCCAAAACGAUCGUUUCGAUGGGCAAUUGUAUAAAGGCUGCCGAUCCUUCGAUGGCUUCUCUUCCGAGGGGUAUCAACGUCGACACUUCACGGAUUAGAGAAUCGGGGCUGCCAAUCAUUUUCUUAAUUGGAGGACCAGGAGUUGGAAAAAGGACGUUAUGCAGCAAAGUAGCGGAAAAGUAUGGUUUCCUGGGCAUAAUUAGCACUGAUUUAAUUCGAACCGAAGUAUCCACGCGUACCGAAAGAGCCUUCUUAUUGGCACGAAUGAUGUCACAGGGUCAGCUGGUACCCACGGACGUUUUGAUAGAAUUGAUCGCAGUGAGGAUGAUUGACUUCUUGGAUGAAAAAAACGGAUUCAUCGUGAGUGGAUUUCCACGACAUAAAGAUCAGUGUAAAGUGUUUGACAAACUAAUAAGACCGCCUGAUCUUGUAUUAUUUAUGGAAGCAAGAAACUCUGUUCUAAGUGAUCGAAUAAUGGCUAGAGCAAUCACUACUAUGGAAAGAGUUUCGAUCAGCUUCGACUCUAUUAGGAAACAAAUUAAGCAAUUCCAUAAAAGAAAUAAACCGGUAGUUACAUAUUACAAUUACAAAAACUUGCUGGUGAUGAUCGAUGGAGAACCUGAGGCGAUUACAGUAUAUGAAAAUGUAUGCGAAGUUAUCGACAACCUGUUACUUAAUUUCCCAACCAGAUCGUCUAAUGUUGAAGAAAUAAACGUGAUAUCAGACGACAUCGUACCAAAAAAUAACGAAGAAUAA